AUGGACAAGACAUCAGAUUCAACGCCCGAUGGCACAUCGCCCCGGACAUUUGCCCUGAACCACUUGAGACCCAGAUCAAGCUUCAAGGGCUGCUCGCGCAUUUCCGACUAUGAACUUCUAGGCAAGCUGGGAGAGGGAACCUUUGGUGAGGUUCACCGCGCCCGAUUGCGCCGUACUGGCGCCCUUGUCGCGUUAAAGAAGAUCAUCAUGCAUCAUGAAAAAGAUGGCUUUCCUAUCACCGCCCUUCGUGAGAUUAAGCUGCUGAAGCUUUUGUCACACAAGAACAUCCUAAGACUCGAGGAUAUGGCUAUUGAACAUCCUACUCGACAAACCGACAAGCGCAAAAAGCCCAUCGUAUACAUGGCGACUCCUUACAUGGACCACGAUCUGUCCGGCCUUCUCGACAACCCGUCCGUCCAGUUCAAGGAGCCUCAAAUCAAGUGCUACAUGCUGCAGCUACUCGAGGGUCUUCGAUAUCUCCACGACAGCCGCAUCCUGCAUCGAGACAUGAAAGCAGCCAACCUGCUCAUCAACAACCAAGGUAUCCUGCAGAUUGCCGAUUUUGGUCUGGCACGACACUAUGAGGGAGUAACACCGCAGUCUGGAAAGCCCAUGGGCGAGGGACAGCGAGACUACACUGGCCUGGUUGUUACCAGAUGGUACCGACCACCUGAGCUUUUGCUGCAGCUGCGGCAAUACACCCCCGCUAUUGACGUUUGGGGAGUAGGCUGCGUAUUUGGCGAAAUGCUGUUCGGAAAGCCCAUCCUGGCAGGCGAAAGCGAUUCUCAUCAGCUGGAUAUCAUCUGGGACCUGAUGGGCUCACCCACGGGGGAGAACAUGCCUAGGUGGAAAUCACUCCCUGGUGGCGAACAUUUGACCCCACGACCACGCACUGGGAAUCUUCAGAACCGAUUCAGAGAGUAUGGUCAAGGUGCAGUUUCUCUACUAAAAGAGCUUCUCAGACUGGAUUGGCGAACACGAAUCAAUGCAGUUGAUGCCCUACAGCACCCAUGGUUCAAGAUGCAGCCUCUACCACUUGAACCUCACGAGAUUCCGACAUACGAAGAGAGCCACGAGUUGGACCGCAGAAAGUUUCACGACCGCAAGGCUGCUCUGCCUCCAGCUCCCAAGGGUGGAACCGUGGGUAUUGGGCCUGAUGCCAACGGUGCUACUGCAGGCUUCAAUAGUAACGAGCCUUAUGGCAAUGGCCGUAAUGGUGUGAACGGGGGUAGAUAUCGCGACGGACCCGACGAGCGUCGUCCUGCCUGGCAACCACGAGAACGGGGUGCUGGAUUACCACCACGACCACCUCCCAACAUUGACGACGCGGACUACCGAGAGAGAGGGCCCCCUCGUGGUGCUGGACGAGGACCACCUGGACCAAGGCCACCACCAGAUGUUGACACGUACAUUCCUGCAUAUAAUCGGGAUGACCCUGGACGACGAAGAGAUGAUCGGCCCCCUCCGAGAGAUGACCGUCCUCCUAGAGACGACCGUCCCCCUAGGGAUGACCGCCGACGCCGCAACAGUAGAGAGGAUCGACGUUACGACAGAGACCGUGGCACUAUGAGCCGUAGCCGGUCGCCGAGGCACGAACGAUCGAGAGACCGAGAAAGGCCAGACCGCGAUGUUUAUCGGAGAUAG